AGUCGGACAGCGCAGGCGCGCGGGGCGGUCCGCUCAGAGUGCGCAUGCGCUGCGCCCGUACAGUUCCUACGCGGUCUGUGGGCGCCUCCGUGUUUGCGCGCGAAGAUGGCUGAGCAGGCACCCAAGUCGGUGCUGUUCGUGUGUCUGGGUAACAUCUGUCGAUCACCCAUUGCUGAGGCAGUUUUCAGGAAACUUGUAACCGAUCAAAACGUCUCAGAUAAGUGGGUCAUUGACAGCAGUGCUGUUUCUGCCUGGAACGUGGGCCGGGCACCAGAUCCAAGAGCUGUGAGCUGCCUAAGAAAUCAUGGCAUCGACACAGCCCACAAAGCAAGACAGGUUACUAAAGAAGAUUUUGUCACAUUCGAUUAUAUGCUGUGUAUGGAUGAGAGCAAUCUGAGAGACUUGACUAGAAAAAGUCAUCAAGUCAAUAACAGCAAAGCUAAAAUUGAACUACUUGGGAGCUACGAUCCUCAGAAGCAGCUCAUUAUUGAAGACCCCUAUUACGGGAAUGAGUCCGACUUUGAAACCGUGUACCAGCAGUGUCUGAGGUGCUGCAGGGCCUUCCUGGAGAAGGCCCACUAGUGUGCCCGUCCCUGAGCCCGCUGGUGCCCGGCCCCGCGUCCCAGCCGAGGGUCACGUCCGUAGCUCAAGGCCAGUGCUGGUAUUUGCAUCCACCUGCUGUUUCUUACCUUAAAAAUAAUUGUAGAUGGAAAUCAGUGGUUGUGUUUGGCAAAAGAAUAAAUAUCUUUGACUCAGA